UGCCCCCCUGCUUACCUAACCCAGAGCCCCAGCUAUCGCCUAUCGGCCAGCUGCCCCCAAGGAGCUUUUUUCGAGGGGUCCGGAGCCUUGGAAGUAAACAGCAGUGCCAAAGUCGGUCUUUACCUUGGAUUCGGCAUCCUGAACUCCUGCGACACUCGACAACCCCGGCUUCGCGUCGCACACUUGAAUCCCGGCCGACCACCCCCAGAGAACAGCCAAGAUGCAGGCCCCAGUCGUGGUUAUGAAUACCGCCAGCGGCGAAAGGCAGACCGGAAGGAAAGCCCAGCUGUCCAACAUCCAUGCUGCGAAGACUGUCGCCGACAUUAUUCGAUCAUGCCUCGGUCCAAAGGCCAUGCUGAAGAUGCUUCUGGAUCCCAUGGGAGGUAUCGUGCUCACAAAUGACGGCCAUGCCAUCCUACGAGAGAUUGAGGUGUCCCACCCUGCCGCCAAGAGCAUGAUCGAGCUCAGCCGGACCCAGGACGAGGAGGUUGGCGACGGAACUACUACAGUCAUCAUUCUCGCUGGUGAGAUACUGGCACAGGCCAUGCCCCAGCUCGAACGGAACAUCCACCCUGUCGUCAUCAUCUCCGCCUUCAAGCGCGCCCUGUCCGACGCCCUCCAGAUCACCGAAGAGAUCUCCCUCCCGAUUGACAUCAACGAUGACAAGGCCAUGUACGGCCUCAUCUCCUCAUCCAUCGGCACCAAGUUCGUCUCGAGGUGGUCAGACCUCAUGUGCGGCCUUGCCCUCAAGGCUGUGCGGACAGUGUCAUGGGAGGUUGGCACCGGCAAGACAGAGGUUGAUACCAAGAGAUAUGCCCGUGUCGAGAAGGUGCCCGGCGGAGAGAUUGAGGACAGCAAGGUUCUGGACGGUGUUAUGCUCAACAAGGACAUCACACACCCCAAGAUGCGGAGGAAGAUCGAGAACCCCAGGAUCGUGCUGCUUGACUGCCCCCUGGAGUACAAGAAGGGCGAGUCGCAAACACAGAUCGAGAUCUCCAAGGAGGAAGACUGGGAACAAGUGCUGCGGAUCGAAGAGGAGCAGGUCAAGGCAAUGUGCGACGCGAUCCUGGCCGUCAAGCCCGAUCUUGUCAUCACUGAGAAGGGCGUGUCUGACCUGGCACAGCACUACUUCGUCAAGGCCAAUAUCACGGCCCUGCGUCGUGUGCGCAAGACGGACAACAACAGAAUCGCCCGUGCCACGGGCGCCACCAUCGUCAACCGGGUGGAAGACCUCCAAGAGUCUGACGUCGGCACCAAGUGUGGCCUCUUUGAGAUCGAGAAGAUUGGCGACGAGUACUUCUCCUUCCUCACCAAGUGCAAGGACCCCAAGGCCUGCACCGUUCUCCUCCGCGGCCCGUCCAAGGACGUCCUCAACGAGAUCGAGCGCAACCUCCAGGACGCCAUGGGUGUGGCGCGCAACGUCAUGUUCCACCCUCGCCUGUGUCCGGGUGGUGGUGCGACCGAGAUGGCCGUGUCAGUCAGGCUGAGCCAGAAGGCCAAGAGCAUCGAGGGUGUUCAGCAGUGGCCGUACAAGGCUGUGGCCGAUGCGCUCGAGGUCAUCCCCCGCACGCUGGUCCAGAACGCGGGCGCAAGCCCCGUGCGCGUGCUGACAGACCUCCGGGCCAAGCAUGCCGAGGGCAAGAGCUCCUGGGGUAUCAACGGCGACACGGGCAACCUGGCUGACAUGAAGGAGUACGGCGUGUGGGAGCCCCAGGCUAUCAAGCUGCAGAGUCUCAAGACGGCCAUCGAGGCCGCCUGCCUCCUGCUGCGCGUCGACGAUAUUUGCUCGGCCAAGAAGGCGCCACAAGGUGUCGGUACGGGCGGUGGCGAUGACUGAGCUUGCUGAGGAGGAAGUGUGAGAUUAGACCUGGCGCGCAUUAUAGUGAGUGGAGAUGAUGUACUGGCAAAAUCAUACCCUGUGUAUUAAACCCCCAUAGACAUUGGUCCAGGUAGAGGAAAAGACAUAAUUGCAAUCACCCCCUGGGCUGGAAUGCCUUGUCUCCCCCCAUGGAUUGCAAGGUGUGAAGUUGCUGUUGUAUGCGUAACCUGCGGUUACUUCGACCUUUUUGCUCAAUCGUCGUCGUCGUGGAUAACCAGCCCCGGAGCGCCGGCUGCCGCAGUCGCAGCGGAGCCGUCGCCCUUUGGAUCCGCGUUGCUGGCACCGUUCCCCGGCUUGCCGUUCUGGUCCUGGCCCCCCUCACCUCCCGUGGCCCCGUCCUGCCUCGGCUUGAGGCCGCCGCCGCCGCCGCCACCACCACCACUGGCAGCGGCACCAGGGCCGGAGCCCUUCUUCUGGCCGGCAGCCUUGGCCUUCUCCUUCCUAGCCUUCAUCUUCUCCCUCUUCUCGCGGUUGCGGCGCGUCUUCUCGUCGUCCUUGCGCUCUGCCUCGGACUUCUUCUCGGCGAACUCGCGGGCGUCCGUCUCGCGGCGGACCUCCUCGUCCAUGAUGCGCAGGCGCUCGUACUCGCGCCUGCGGGCGGCCUUGUAGACGUGGAACUCCCCCGAGCCGGCACCAGCCGAGGAGCCCUGGACGUUUGUGACGAUCUCCGGGGGCAGGGGCAGGCGCCGGGCCGGGUCCUGGCCGGCUCCCGAGGGGGGGACGCGGAUCUCCUGGUCCGGGCGGGCAAAGAGAGCCUCCAGCUGGCUGGCCUGAGCCGAGGCGGGGCUGAGGGCGCGUUUCUUGACGGGGCGCUUGGAGCGGGGGUCCGCGGAGGUGGGCAUCGAUUCGGGGCCUGUGCCUGACAUGGUUGCGGCGGGGGAGUAGAGGGUGGGCUGUUAUUGCUGCUGUUGUUGGCGGCGGUGGUGGUGGUUGUGUGGUCGGUCAGCAGGCUUGGUCUGCAGGGUGUUGAUCCAUACAGAGCUGGGUUGGGAUGCAAUGCGCGGUGCGAUGCAGUCGCAUACGCAGCUGCACCGUGUUGGGUCGCCGUGGGUGCGAUGGGCGGUCGUGGGUUGGAUGGGGUGGGCAGGUGACAAGAAGCAGAUGCAAGACGUGAGGGUCAGGUCAGGUCGGCCGUGAUGAGAGAGAAUUUGGGAGCCGCGGCGGGCGGCCGAAAUUGAACAAGCGCCUCGGCCCGUGCCUGGGAGGAAGCGUUACCGCUGGCUGGC